UAGGCCCUGGCCCCAGCUUACAUUCUGUAUUUUCGUGACACGACGCCAUCACCAUGUUUGUUGACGCUCAGUGUUCUCAGCGAUUGGCCUGCUGACGAUGCUCAUUUAUAAGGAAGUUCUAAGGAGGUUGUAGCGUCGCGCACGUCGGCAGGAUGAUUCCUGAUAUUUCGCAAUCGAGUUCGUCUGCAGAAUUGCCCCAGCUUGACUGGCGAUUCGUGAAGCAAGUAUGGCGAGUGACGAAAAUAGCGUUUGUCAGUCACAAACAACAAGCGACCCUCCUGGCAUUGGCGAUGCUUGUCACAGCGAUCGGUGAGAAGUUCCUGGAGUACUAUGUUGGUUUGAUCCCAUCACAGUUCUACUCUGUUUUGCCCAUGCGCAACAAGCAUGCCUUUCUUCACUUGCUGGCCAAGGCGCUGGGCUUCAUCAUCGGCGUGGCACUGACCAAGUCACUUGCAACAUUCUUCUCACAGCUGGUCUACGUAACAUGGCGACGGGACCUUGUGGAGUAUAUCCAGAAUCUGUACACCAGCGACAAUGCAUUCUUUCAUCUGAACUGCGUUCGGCGCUCGGUGGACAAUCCUGAUCAGCGAAUAACACAGGACGUAGAUCGUUUCUGCAACCAGUUCAGCCAGCAGCUGUUGCAGCUCAUUCUGGCACCGUUCACCAUCGUGUUCUACAGCUACAAGACAUGGACGCAAGUCGGCUGGUUUGCGCCGGUGUUUGUCUACAUCAUGUUUCUCGUCGGCGUCGUCAUCAACCGCCUGCUUGUCUCCUUUAUCGUGCCCAUCGUUGUGGAGCAAGAGAAGCUGGAAGGUGACUUUCGUUAUCACCAUGUGCAGCUAAGAACAAGGGCAGAGGCUGUCGCUUUCUGUGGUGCCGGCGAGUUGGAAGGUCGAAAGCUGCUGUCAACGUACUUGAAAUUGUACGCGACACAGAAGAAGAUAGUCUACCGCAAGUUACUCCUACUCUUUUCCAUCAACCUGUUUGACUACGUCGGCGCCAUUCUCAGCUAUGUCAUCAUUGCCAUUCCCAUACUGGCUGGAGCAUAUCCUGAGUCUCAACUUGCCUCCAUCAUCUCCAAGGCUUCCUUCCAGACAAUCUACCUCAUCUUCCAGUUCACGCAGCUGUUGGACAUCAGCCGGAAUUUCACCAACAUUGCUGCCUAUGUCCAUCG